AUGCCGUUCUUUUACGGAAGAGGACUAUUCCAGUUGGACUUCGGCUUUUUCCCACAUCGAACACCGAUUGACACUGUCGUUGGGGCGCCAAUAGCUGUUCCGAAGAUACCUCAGCCGACCGAAGAGGAAGUGGACCGCGUCCAUCGUCAGUACUGCGAGCCCUUACAAAGCUCUUCGAUCAGCACAAAACUCGAUUCGGCGUCUCUGAAGAAACGAAACUCGUUCCUUGUCUAG